UCUCUUUUGAAAGGCAUUGCCUCAACACCCGGUUUCUCAGCUUGAUUCUUUAAAUUUCUUUUGCCAUUGCUUUUCCCCGGAUUACUGCAUAGCAAGGCCCACCAUGGAUGCGCUACGAUUGGCAAAUUCAGCUUUUGCGGUUGACCUUUUCAAACAGCUGUGUGACAAGGAAACGACAGGCAAUGUCCUUUUCUCUCCAAUAUGUCUUUCUACUUCCCUGUCCCUGGCUCAAGUAGGCACCAAAGGGGAUACAGCCGAUGAAAUCGGAAAGGUCCUUCACUUUGAAAAUGUCAAAGAUGUGCCUUUUGGGUUUCAAACAGUGACCUCUGACGUAAACAAACUUAGUUCUUUCUACUCUCUGAAGCUGAUCAAACGACUCUAUGUAGAUAAAUCUCUAAACCCAUGUAUGGAAUUUCUCAGUGCCACCAAAAGACCCUAUGCAAAUGAAAUGGAAACAGUUGAUUUUAAGGAUAAACUGGAAGAAACUAAAGGCCAGAUCAACAAAUCAAUUAAUGACCUUACAGAUGGACAUUUUGAGAACAUCUUGACUGAGGAUAGUGUGAAUGAUCAAACCAAAAUCCUUGUGGUGAAUGCGGCCUAUUUCAUAGGAAAAUGGAUGAAGAAAUUUCCUGAAUCUGAAACAAAAGAAUGUCCUUUUAGAAUCAACAAGACAGACACCAAACCAGUGCAGAUGAUGAAUAUAGAAGCUACAUUUUGUAUGGGCAACAUCAAAGAUAUAAACUGCAAGAUCAUAGAACUUCCCUUUCAAAAUAAGCACCUGAGCAUGCUCAUUUUACUGCCAAAAGAUGUGGAGGAUGAUUCAACUGGAUUGGAAAAGGUUGAGAAAGAGCUCAGCCCUGAGACACUGCAGGAGUGGACCAAUCCCAGUACAAUGGCCAGCGCCAAAGUGAAACUUUCAAUUCCAAAAUUUAAGGUGGAAAAAAUUAUUGACCCUAAAACAGAUCUGGAGAGCCUUGGAAUGAAAAAUGUCUUUGAUGAAAGCACAAGUGAUUUCUCGGGGCUGUCAGAGACUAAGGGAGUAGCUUUGUCCAAUGUCAUUCACAAAGCCAGUUUAGAAAUAACAGAAGAUGGUGGUGAUUCUAUAGAGGUACCAGGAUCUCGAAUCCUGCAGCAUAAAGAUGAAUUUAAUGCUGAUCACCCAUUUAUUUAUAUCAUUAGGCACAACAAAACACGCAAUAUAAUUUUCUUUGGAAAAUUCUGUUCUCCUUAACACAAUGUAUAAACAACCCUGUCUUAAGUUUGCCCAGGUGCAGGUUUUUAUAAACUUUGCACCCAGAGAAUUACUUUCUAACUUUGGCAUAUUAUUAAUAUUUUUGGAUCAGGGAACAAUAAAUAUUUUUCAUAUGUAGUCAUUACAUAGAAUAGCCCUCUUUUUUAAAGUUAUUUUUAUUUCACUCCUUUCUCAAAAAAGAGAACAAUGUGAAUUUUUAUUUUUUAGCAAAAAAAAAAUACAUCACAUAGAUAGAAAUAUUUAUUUGGUAAUUGUUCAUUUGGGGACAACUCUCAAACAUCUCCAGAGGAUCCACCUACAGGGGAUGAGCUUCUACCAUUGGUCAUUCCGAUGUAGCCAAUUCUGGUAAGGCUAGUUCUAGGUGCAGAUUCAGAUGGAGUGAAAGAUUUACCGUAUGUGAUUCACUGGGGUUAGUAUAGAGGGCAGUGCAAGGGUUGGUUGGGCUGGGAAUAAUACAGGGGUCUGUGGCAGACUUGAGAAGCCAUGCAAAAUUGGAUCUUGACAGAAUUUUUCAUUUGGUUCAGUUCUGUUUAGUGGCUCUAGCUAGAGGGUAAAGAGAUCUGUUGUUGCGGCAGGAGUUAGACUGAAAACCCUGACGGGAAGGUCAGACCUACACAGAGUGAACUCUUUCCUAAAGUGUAUCUCAUUGGUGCUUUGCCCACCAAAAGGUAGCAGUGGAUUCCAAGUAAGAAACAAAAAGGUUUUGGACACCUGAUGUUAGGUCCUUCCAAUGCUUGGAAACGCUUCAAUUUGAAAUAAAAAGACCUUUUGAGCUUGGGAAGAAAGAGGGCAGCAACUAGACUCUUGUCUGGCAUGGUGGUGGGAAAAGAAUGGGAAUUUGGUAGGGUUUGGGGUUUGUUUCUUUUUUUUUCAGAAUAAAACUCAGAUCAUUAAGGGGCUUUUGACCCUUUACCAUUCUAUAAUUUUUCUAACUUGAGGGAAUGAUUCAGCAAAGGGUUUAGUUGGGAUUUGGAGUCAAUGGGCAUUUGUAAAGGCAGUUUGAUAAGCUACUAGCACAACAUAGACCCAUCUGUUAACUCUGGGUAAAAGGAAUCGGAUUCCUCGACUAAUGGGUUACUUUGUGACUUGGAUCCUCUGUUGAGUGUCCUAUAAAUGGGUUUAAUUUCCAUCUCUGUUUUCUUGCUGCAUGUGUUGGGUAUUGAG